UACGUUUUAAGGUUGUCAGUGUGAAAGUUGAAUUCGCUGUGCCUUGAGGGGCUUUCUGGCCGCUUUUAACCCCUUUUCUGUACCCUUUUUGUAGAUUUCCGUCCUCGCUAUGUGUUGGACUUGGCCAGAUGGUGGCCACGGUAGCCGUUCUCUGGGUGGGAAAGGCACUCAGGGUAGUGAAGUUUCCCGACUUUGACAGAAAUGUACCUCGAAAGACGUUUCCACUACCUCUACUAUAUUUUGGGAACCAAAUCACCGGACUGUUCAGCACAAAGAAACUGAACUUGCCCAUGUUUACAGUUCUGAGACGGUUCUCCAUUCUGUUUACAAUGUUUGCUGAGGGAGCUCUGCUCAAGAAGACUUUCUCUUGGGGUGUUAAGAUGACUGUAUUUGCAAUGAUUAUCGGAGCCUUUGUAGCUGCCAGCUCUGACUUGGCGUUUGAUCUGGAAGGAUAUGUUUUCAUUUUGAUCAAUGAUGUCCUGACAGCAGCAAAUGGUGCAUAUGUGAAACAGAAGUUAGAUUCGAAAGAGCUGGGGAAGUACGGUCUGCUCUAUUACAAUGCGCUGUUCAUGAUCCUUCCCACCCUGGCCAUUGCCUAUUUCACAGGAGAUGUACAAAAGGCGAUGGAGUUUGAGGGCUGGACAGACACCUUGUUCCUUCUGCAGUUCACCCUCUCCUGUGUCAUGGGGUUUAUCUUGAUGUAUUCUAUAGUGCUCUGCACGCAGUAUAAUUCUGCUCUUACCACAACAAUAGUUGGCUGCAUUAAGAAUAUAUUAAUAACUUAUAUUGGAAUGGUCUUUGGUGGAGAUUAUAUUUUCACGUGGACAAAUUUUAUUGGCCUAAAUAUCAGUAUUGCUGGAAGCCUGGUGUACUCUUACAUCACUUUCACGGAGGAGCAGAUGAGCAAACAGUCAGAGACCAGUAACAAGAUGGACACCAAGGGGAAAGGAGCCGUAUGACCUGACGGCCCCCGCUCGUGUACUCUGAAGACACUGAGGCGUCCUGACUGGGGAGUAAUAUUCCUUUGCAAUUGUAUGACCCUAGGAUUGAUUGUUGACUUUGAAAAUUUAUUGACUGUAUGUGAACUAUGUUUAAAUUAAUUUAUAGCAGACUGGAAAAUGUGCUGGGUGGGUUUAAUUUAUUUUUCUUCUCUCUGACAGUGAAGCAUCAAGUGUUUUGAUAUCUACCCUGUAGCUUGCCAUCCAGGUGACCCUGGCAGGAUAUAAAAUGUGUUCCAGCGAGAGCUGCCUUCCAGUGGGCUGUCUCUGGGGGCAGUUUAGCUGGAAAUGCAACAGAGGAUCUGAACUUCUUUCUUUCUUUUUUAAUUGCAUUAUGCUCAUAGUGUCACUACGUUUGCCAAAGGUGACAACUUUGGCACUAGAAAUCCCACGAGGCUUUUCUGAACUGUUUUGCUUCCCUGGAUUGUGUGGGGUGAGCAGAGUGUGCCUUGGAAUGUCUGGUUCCUCUUUGUUCAGUAGAGACAAGCAAGGGGUGGAGGAAGCCAGUUGUUACUCAGUUCUUUACUCAACAGUGAUGCAUUGCGCAUACCUGUUGGGCACUGUACUGAGUGUAGGGAUGCAGAGAUGAUCUGGUGGCAGCGAGAAAAGCUCGCUCCUGCCAUAAACUGAAUGUAAGAUGGAGAACUUGGCUCUCUGUCCAGCUUGAAAACUCCGGGACUGUGCGCUGGUCACUUCAGCCCCCCGGAACUGCAGGCCUGUGACGUUAGAAGUACCGGCCCUGCCUACUCCCCAGAGAACCCGGAGCCCCGGGGAGACGCUGAAGAGCUGUAGUCUGUAAUUUUUGUGCCUCAUUGGGGAAUAAGAGAGUUGUGAUUCCCCCCCCCAUUUAAAAAUUUUAUUUGUAGGCUCCACCUUGAAUAUAAAUUAUAUAAAAAAGCACAUUUGCAAGUUUUCUGCAGCCUUGUAUCCAGAAUCUGUGAGAGGUUUUGGUCAGUAAAGCUGAGGCAGGGUCUCCACAGAGUGCUAGUGGUUCUCUCUCUUGGCCGGUUCACAGGCACACCGAGGGCUGCAGGCUGGCUCUUCUGGGGAGGGAAGGGUUAGUGAGCAGCAUGUGGACACGUAAGCAGGAUAUAGUCUGGGACUCCCAAGUCUUCAUCCAGAGGUCUGACCUUAGCUGAAAGGACACAACGAGAGAAUGCAGUGAUUUGUAGGUGAAGCCUCUGUCUGCAGUUUUGGAGAGAUGCUCAUUUUAGGUCUACCCUGAAAGAACAGUGUUUCCAUUUCAGAGGACUUGGUCCUUGGAUCAUCUUCUAGCUCAGAUGAGCCAUGCAGCUCCCAGAACUGCCUACCCUGAGCCCCUCCCCUGACCUGGAUGUUCUUCUUCCAGCACCUGUGCGAUGCUGGUUGUGCCCAUGAACAGGCUGUAGUGGAGUUUCCCUUCCCUGGGGAGACAUGCUGAGAGUGAGUGCAGGUGCCACUCCACCCAUUCCGUACGCACACAGCAGACACAGGUCCGGCAUCCCUUCGGGGACGACUGCCUUCAUUCAGGGCCAGCAGCUUGCAUAGCCUGUGUGCCGCCUUGCCUCCUGAUGCCUAGGUGACAGUCUCAGUCCUCUAUCCUUUUGAAAACACAAAACAAAAAUGCUCUCCAUAUAAUUACAGCCACUGUGAUUCUGCUUUUUAAGAAGAAAAGUAUUUUCAUAUUCUGAUGGCAAAUUUGAAAAACCAAGAACUGUUUUCUAUCUCAGUGGGAGGUAGUUGCAUUUCAGAAUGGAGGUUCAGUGAAGACUCAGCUGUCGCCCUAAGGUAGCUCCCAGGCCUUCCUCCCUCGCCUCAGAACGAAACACACUGGACUGCUUCCUCGACCUCGGGCAGCUGUUGGAGGUCCUUGUUGCCGUCACUCUUCCUGUUGGCGUCUCACCUUGUGGAGUGAUGAGAAACUCUGGUGUUGUGUGUUUUAAACUUUAUUUUGAAAAUAUUUUUAAAGAAGAAAUCUACUGGUUAGAUUUUACUGUCUCACAGAAAUGUUUGUAGAGUAUUUGUUCACAGAAAUUCUUUUCUUGGGCUGAUGACUCACUUGCCCCAGAUGUCCGCCUUUCACAAUGUUUCUUCAAUAUAGAUUUUAUUUACCAAUUUACUUAGUGUUUUUAAAAGGUACUGAGCAUUGAGGUAUGUAAAUCAGGUGACAUAAACAUGAAAAAAAUCAUGUGCCUAAAUAUUUUUUUAAUGAUGUCAAAUAAAUACUUUUUCUGGAAAA